CAAUGCAACUGAGUAUUGUGAUUAUCCUGCUGGGCAGUGUUGCCUUCGCUAAUUCGCUUAGUGUUGAGACAACAAGGACCUCUGAGGAGUCAAAAGUAGAUUCUAAACUAUCUUCGCCAGCAGGAGCUAAAAACUCAGAAAUGAAUUCCUACCAGAUUUCGUUAAGAGAACAAUUAAACAGUACGCCCAUUAACCCUGGACAUGACGGUACUAAAGGAAUAGUACCUCUGCCAACUCUGGCCCCAACUUCACCCUCAACCACAGCAAAAACCAACCCAAAAAGGGAUGAUACAAGUGUGCCUAGUCCUCCGGUUGAGUGCGAGUCCCUUCCCGAGGAUAUUGGUACACGAUUGAGUGCACAACUACUUAAAGUACUCACAGUAUUGGGAUAGAACCGUCACAGAGAACUAUUACAUGUUGUUGUAUAUAAGAUACCCUUUAAAACAAAGAAACAACUAAUACCGAUAGUAUUUCUAUUGCUGUACUUUAUAGAGGUUGCUCUUGCCUAAUUAGGCUUGAUUUAUUGCUCUCCAAGUGACACAAAAAAUGUGAUUAACAAAGAUUCCUGAUAAUUAUUGUUAUUAGCACCAAACCAUUAACACUGUUUAAAUUCAGCACAUUGAUGUAUGAUAACAUCUUUGUUUUAAUAAAGAAUACGGCUAUGAA